AAUAAACUGAUGAUAGUGUAUUCGAUCACAUUUCCCUGAAUCAUUAUGAACCAUGAAUUCGGUGAUACUUGGACUGGUGCUUUUAGCUACAGCGUUAUCAAGUUCUAAUGCCGAUAUAUCAACUCACGACUUGGAUCCUAGAAUCGUGAAUGGUGAGGAUGCAGGCCCAAACGAACUUCUAUACCAGGUUUCGCUUCAAAUCGACGGCAGUCAUUUCUGCGGUGGAUCUGUGCUUAACAGGUAUUACGUUCUCACCGCUGCUCACUGCAUCUUGGAUGAACAAGUUAGCGAAGUCAAAAUUAUCACCGGAACCAAGAACUUAAGCGACUCUCAAACAUCCGUGCAUCAAGCUGUGAAGUUUAUUAUUCACUAUAAAUACAACCCUUCCAAUAGCUGGAUCAACGACAUAGCCUUGAUCAAGGUAAAUAAGCCAUUCGAGAUCGGACCACAACUAAACUACGUUCCUUUACCGGAAGCAAAUCAAAAUAUUCCAGAUAACUCACGCGCUAUUGUAUCGGGAUGGGGUAGGAUCAGAGAAUACGGACCACUCUCGACGACAUUGAAAAAAGCAACCAUCUACAUUACCAAUCAGAAUACUUGCAAGAAUGCCUAUCGAACAAUAUAUGACACGCAAAUUUGCGCCAGUAAUGACAAGGACGGGAAAGGAGCAUGCAACGGUGAUUCUGGUGGCCCUCUCACAGUUAACGGAAAGAUUGUCGGGAUCGUAUCAUGGUCACGGGGAUGUGCUCUUUCUAAUUACCCCUCUGUGUACACUCGUGUUCCUUCUUACAUUGAUUGGAUUCAAGCAAACGCAGUUUAAAAUAGAAGAAGAUGGAAACUGUACGACAUAACACAAAGUACACAGCUAAUUGUUGAUAGAGAUGUAUUGUUAGCAGAACAUUACUCACUAUUCAUUUGUCCUUAAUAUCAAUUUAUAUUUUUAACCAAUUAUUCUAUAUAACGUAUUAAAGAGAAGAAUAAAAGGAUAUAGUUCAUCAUACGACAACAUUUAAAUCGCAAUAGUAUCUAUAACAAUAGAUAAUUAAUUUUAUGUGUAAAUUAUAAUAAAAGGACGUUAUAAAUUACCA